UGGCAUAGGAGAUAGGAAUUACUAUAUCUGCUGAAGUAGGACAGGCCCAGAUCUUCUAUUUUUCUGCAGACACCAGCGAUUGACAACUCCCGGCGCAAUGUUGUCACUCCCGGGGACGAUUGUCCUUGUCGCCGUGGGCAUCUUGCUAAUUGCAACUCGCUAUCUGGCUCGUCGAUUCACACAUCGAAGGCAGGCGAAAGCGUUGUCUUGCAAGCCACCACGUGCUACUGUCCCCGCUGGUAUUUUCGGCAUCAAUUCGUUCUGUGAUUUGAAGAAAGCAGGACAGGAGAAACGAUUUGUCGGACGGAUCAGAGAACUGCACGACGAAUAUGGAACUACCUACCUCAUGAACAUUCUCGGUACCAACUGCAUCUUUACGAUCGAACCGGAGAACAUCAAGGCCGUGUUGGCGACUCAGUUCAAUGACUUCUCGUUUGGCCGCCGUCAUGAAGUGUUUGCACCCCUUCUCGGGGAUGGUAUUUUCACUCUCGACGGAGCUGGCUGGUCGCAUUCUCGAGCGCUCCUGCGUCCGCAAUUUACCCGGGAUCAGGUUUCCGAUCUGGACCAAAUGGACAUUCAUGUCGAGCGACUGAUCCAGGCGAUGCCGAAAGACGGAACUCCUUUUGAUAUUCAGGAGCUUUUCUUCCGAUUGACAUUGGACUCUGCCACGGAUUUCUUGUUUGGAGAGUCUGUUGAAUCGCUCGUGUCUGCCACUAGUAACCAGAUCGGCAUCAGUGAGAAGUCCGUGGAAGGCAAACAAGGCUUCGCCGAUGCCUUCAACUACUCUCAAGAUGUUCUGGCCCAGCGUGGUCGUGCCCAGGGUUUCUACUGGUUGAUCAAUUCCAAAGAAUUCCGGGAGGCAAACAGGCUUGUCCACCAGUUUGUCGACUAUUAUGUGGACAAAGCCAUCCGCUAUGUUGAGAGUGGAAAUGCGAAAGUUCCCAAUGAGCAAGGGCGAUACGUCUUCCUCGAAGCCCUCGCCCUACAAACAAAGGACCGCAAGGUUCUGCGGGAUCAGAUGUUGAAUAUCCUGCUCGCGGGACGAGACACCACUUCUAGUCUUCUCAGUUCUGUCUUUUAUUUCUUGGCUCGCAACAAGAGAGCUUGGGAUACUCUCCGGGAGGAGAUUGUGGAACGUUUUGGCACUGAUGCUGAGAAGGGCGCGGAUAUCAACUUCCACUCCAUGAAAGACCUGCCUUAUUUGCGAUACGUUGUUAACGAAGCACUGCGACUUCUUCCUCCGGUCCCAGCGAACGGACGUACCGCGAUCAGGGACACCACUCUUCCUGUCGGUGGUGGACCGGAUGGUCGAUCGCCGAUUUUCAUUCCAAAGGGCACAGUCAUCCGGUAUGUCGUGUGGGCUCUCCACACACGCCGUGAUAUCUGGGGUGCGGACGCCGAGGAAUUCCGCCCUGAGAGAUGGGCCGAAUUCACCCCUAAAGGAUGGGAAUAUUUGCCUUUCAACGGAGGUCCCCGUAUCUGUCUUGGCCAACAAUACGCACUUACGGAAGCAAGCUAUGUCAUCAUUAAGCUGCUUCAGCGUUUCCAGACUCUGGAGAACGCCGACCCGGGUCCUGAUCGUGGCUCUCGGCCCAUUAUGAACCACACCUUGACCCAGGCCCAUGACAAGGGUGUCCAUGUUCGGCUAUAUGCUGCCAACUGAUACCCACUGUCUCUGUUACUAUGUGGUUCCACACGUCGGGACUUUUCAUUCGGGCAGAAAGAUUUUAAACAAUGUUUUGGCUGAUAUAUAUGAAGCGUGGAUAUAUAUCUCCGCUAUUCUUAUUCGUACGAUCCUCAGAUUCUUGGCUAAAUAGCGUCAUGCUUUCGAUUCCAGAAAAUCCGUUUCCUUUCACGGUGUCAAGUCACAAGACCCUUCUGUUGCCG